UUUGGGUUUUUGGUCCGCAGGGCAGCACCGGGCGGAAAGGGGGGAGAGGCAGAAGUGGAAAUGGAAGUAGCCGCACGGCGGCUUCUGCUGCUGCUGUUCGUCUGCUUGCGAAUCGAGCAGGGCGGAGGAUUCGGUCGGGCUUCUUCUUUUCUCGCUUCCCUUUUUGGUAGUUGGAGUAGUAGUGCCCUUCUCUACUAACGCCUCGCGUUGCCCGCAUUCAAAGCUGCCGUAUUUAGAAUCAAGUCAACUUCGCAUCCCUCGGCCUGUCCCCCCAUCACUUCUAUUCGUCUGCUUUCUCGUUUUCUUUUAAUCCCUCCGUCUCAAUUUGGGGGGAGGGAGGAGGACUGGAACGAAAGAUGGAAGAUCUGUAUAGUAUCCAUCCGGGAAUCUCAAAGGGUGGAGAGAUGGCGGCCGUCGGAUCGACGUCCGGCUACCCGUAUUUUGAGGCGGACCGCUCGCAUAGCGGCGGGGCCGCCGAAGCGUCAGAUAUCUCCGGUGGCGGGGGAUCGGAUCUCACGGAUCUGAUCAAGGCCCAGAUCGCCAGCCAUCCUCGCUACCCCUCACUCGUCUCCGCCUACAUCGAAUGUAGAAAGGUGGGGGCGCCGCCGGAGAUCGCCUCGCUGUUGGAAGAGAUAGGGCGGAAGAGGUACACGGGCGCGGGGUGCGGGGAGAUUGGAGCGGAUCCGGAGCUGGACGAGUUCAUGGAAUCCUACUGCCGGGUUCUGCAGCGGUACAAGGAGGAGCUUUCGAAGCCGUUCGACGAGGCGGCGUCGUUCCUCAACAGCAUCGAGAUGCAGCUGAGCAACCUCUGCAAGGGCUGCACCACCUCCUCCACCACCACCGCCACCGGCAACUCCCCUUCCGAUGAAGUGGCGGGAUCUUCUGAAGAAGAGCUAAGCUGCGGUGAUGUGGAUGCAUCAGAAAGCCUGGAAUCUGGUUCACGCCUUGCCGACCAUGAACUGAAGGAAAUGCUUCUUAAAAAGUAUAGUGGCUACCUGAGCAAUCUAAGGAAGGAGUUCUUGAAGAAGAGGAAGAAGGGAAAGCUGCCCAAGGAUGCGAGGUUGACAUUGCUAGAUUGGUGGCAUACCCAUUACAGGUGGCCCUAUCCCACGGAAGAGGAGAAGGCAAAGCUAGCUGAGAUGACAGGUCUUGAUCCGAAGCAAAUUAACAACUGGUUCAUAAACCAGAGGAAGAGGCACUGGAAGCCCUCGGAGGAUAUGCAGUUCGCCCUCAUGGAGGGUGUCAGCGGUGGAUCCAAUGGAACCAUGCUGUACUUCGAUAGAGGAACUGUUGGUCCAUGAUCGGCGAUGCCAAGCACCUUUGCUUUCUUGCAUCUACAAUGCUUUGUUUGUGGAUAAUAGAUUACUCCUUUUGGUUGCUCGUGCUGUAUAUGGUGUUUGAUUAAUCGAUGAUGACUUAUGUAAUUAUUGACAGAAAAUGUAUCAUGGCUACGUUACUUUGUAAUUUUUUAGGUUGGUUGGCUGGCUAUCUUGGAGCUGGAAUAUUCUGGUUAA